AGUGGUGAAGGUGCUCGUCGCCUCGUCCCCACCAAGCCCUGCUGCGCAAUCACUCGCAAUGAGACCGACCACUCCGCCUCCUACGCCGACAGCGUAUCAGCGUUUGGUAGGGCUUUUGGAUAACGCUGCAGCAGCUAAUGGGGCAAAUCGGCGAGUCAUAUCCACAAUCGAAAAGCUUCAGACUUAUGUGAAGGCAUCCACCAUGACAUCGGAGCCAGUAAAGAUCCGCAUGAAGCUUUUGUGGAUAUCAGACCACGACUACAAAGAGCACAAGCUUGUUCGACUGCACUGCAUUGACGCAGACUCACCAGAACCGCUUGCAGAUCUGGUUGAGGUACGACGCUUUGCCUUUGACUACAUCCUAACUAUUGGCUUAUUUUCCUCAGCUUUUUUAUGGCAACUACGAGACAAACCGUGACGCGGUCAACUCGCUUCUGUUGACAGCAACCAUGUGGAACAUCACGUCGCAGUCGGACGACCUCCCACUUCCAGGGACUAUCGUCACUAUUAAUGCGUACUCGCAUCUCAAGCUCUAUCGCGACACUGAUUGUCAAGCAACUGUCAAGCUGAGAGAUCUGGAAUGGCAGCAGCAGCCUUAGGAUAAGUACGCUUCCGGACAGUUAACAUAUUGCGUGAUAGCAGCAUUUACUUAAUGUUGAAAAUACAAUCUUGGCCCUUGCAUGUUAAAAACUCCAAGAGGAAAACAUG